UAAACAUAUAAUUUGGAAGAAUCCUGUUUAGUGUCAACGCCGAAAAUGUUUUUGAAUCGUGUGUUCAUGAGUAAUAUUAUGAUAUUAUGUUGUUUAUUUAUGGCAGAUCAAUAAAUGGAGAGGCAUAAUACCUACUAAAAUUCUUUCAAAAUGUUUUGCUGGAAUUUCUCGUCGUAUGAGUGCAUUGAAUUCAUGUGUUCGCAAAAGUGGUGGUUCAUUUAAAACAUGUGUUUUCAUCUUAAAAUAUAUUAUAAUAGGUUUAAGACUAUACGAGAGAGUAUGGGAAUUCAUUACAUUAGAAGAACCAUUGCUUAUUGAAGAUCAUACUGGCAUACUGACGUCAUAUGGAAUCCAAAUAUUUAUAGCAUGUCUCUUAAUUUAUGGAUCUGUUGUCGAAAGCCUCAAUUUUACGUUGCCUUGGUUAUUACUUACAGCCCCAGCAUUUCUUCUAGGAAGUCUAUAUGCGAUAGUUGCUAUUUAUAAGGAAGAGUCCGUGCAAAUAUUUUUUAAUUUCUUUGCUGUGUGUUCAAUAUGGCUGAUGUGGUUGGCUGUACUCCAAUAUAACAUAAAACAUAAUGAGUUUGUAAGAAGUAUGUUGAAGCUACAGGGAUAUGUGAGACUGAAAAACGAAAUCUUGUCUUGAGUAAAUUUGAUAUUGUAAUGCUGUUUUUGUGCAGUAAAUAAUAAUGUGUUUAAUGAGUCAUCUAGAAGAGCGAAUCACUUAACAUAAAUACGAUUUUUAUUUGGGAAAUUAAAACAAAACACAACCAUUAUUUCCAAAAUAGAACUCAAAUUACAAAUAUCAUAAUCAAUGCUGCUGUAAUUUAUUAUAUGGAAUGAUUACAAAAAGAUUUUGGCAAUUCUAAUUUUUAACUUGUCAUUUGAGGCGCUCAGAGCAACACUGACCUAAGCCACAAAUUAAGCAUUUUUAGAUUAAUAUAUCAAUAAAGGCAGCAACAUUAAAUCUUCGGAUUAACAAGGAUCUACACAAUCUAUCUCUACAUUUGGCUAAAAGGCGCUACAUAAUUUGUAGCGCCAUCAUAUAAGCAUAAUGUAAAUACGAAUGCAAAGAUUGCAUUUAUCUCAAAACCUCGUUUUUGGAGUUAGGCCACUGUUGCUGUGAGCGCCUCAUUUUAUCUUUCACCUUAUUCUAUGGUGCAAAAAUUUUUUCCUACUAUUCGCACCAAUCUUUUGAUGUUUGAAUAUUUUCUACAAAACCAAAAUUUAAAUAAAAUUGACAGAUUUGGAUGCUUUCGCACCUUAUGCACUUCCAUUGUUAUUUCUGUUAUCUCUAUAAAUGUACUUAUUUACUAUCUUUGAAACAUCAAAUGUUGAAACAUUUGUCUCCGUUCACUCCUCUAUUUCUAUUAAUCUGGAGCCAUUUGUAUACACCUCUUACCCACGCAGUUAUUUAAGUCAUGGCUCUAUCUUAUCAUGGUCUCCCUAUUUUGUCUAAUAAUAUAAGUUAUUUGGUCUUCAUUGCCUUUCUUAGGUCUUUUUCAUACGAAUUCUCCAUUUUUUUAUUCUUAUAGGAAUAUUUUUGCUACCUUUUUUAAGCAUUCAUUUAUAGAUGUGCAAUGAAAAAAAAUUACAUAGUCUGUUCUUAGAAUUCUUCUUGAUUAUAAAUUCUGACAUGCCAUUUUUGACGUUUAGUUUUCACCUGGUCACUGAUUGACACCCAUGUAGAUUGGUAUCUUCGUUUGUUCGCGAGUGACACGGAUUUGGAGUCUCCUCUUUGCUUGGCGGGACAGUAUAUUUAUGUAAAGAGUUAUGAGUUGUUUCUCUAGCAGUUCAGCAUGUUAUAGCGGGACUAUUCUAGUUUCUCUACCACUUCUUUUCGUAGUGAUGGCCAUGUCGUCGGAAUAUAGCAAAUAAUGUUGUGUAUACUUGUGUUAGUUGGUCGUUUGUGUACAUAUUAAAGAGGAAGGGGGCCAAGAUACUUUAAUGCCAGGCUGUUAUUUUGUCUUCAUCGCUCAUUUUUUCAUCCAUAGAAUCGCCUGUUUUGUAGCAAGGACUGAUUUUUUAGGACAAUUUUUACUAAGUAAUAAUCUUUGCGCUAUAUAGAGUUUUGUUAAAAGACUUUUGUGGUUCAUUGUAUCGUAUGCGAAUCUCAAGUCGACCUUUAUUGGUUUAUUCGGAUAAUGCUUUUCAUGGCAUAUUUAAAUGCUUGGUUACAUAAAAAUGGAUAACAGUGGAUUUCCUUGUAUCAGUUGAGUUUACGCAGAAAGUUUUUGAUACUGUCCCUAGUAUUCUAACUUGGGCAUAGACACAUUCUCUUUACCGUCAGUUUCUUUUUUUUUAUUGGCUUUAGGAUUAGACCAUGCGGCCAGAAACAAAGUAAAUAGUACAUACAUAAAUAUAAUAUAUCUUAUCUAAACUAUCUAAUUACUAAUCUAAGUUAAGGUUAUCUAAGUCUGACCGACCUUUUUGUUAAGAAUAGAUAUAAUAAACAUUAUAUUUUCAAAGCGAAUUUUUGCUAAAUUAAUCUUAAUAAAAAUUUUGGGAUAAGGACAACGGUCACACUUUUCUCAUUCAAGGGUUUUUCUUUUUUCUUAAUAAAUAUUGAUACCCCCCACCCCACACGGUAAGGCAGGCAUGUAGGUAAUCAAAAGGAAAGACAUUUAAGGUUACAAGCCUAAUCUAGUCAUUUUAUAACUUAAUUUUACAGUCAUAUAGGAAAAACAAAAUAAAAUCAAAAAUACGUUUAUCACUCAGUGCCAAAAGAUACAUAACAUUAUAGGGACCGUAAACGUUUAAACUUCUUAAAUUUUUUGUAAGAAUGUCCGACUGAUGUGUGUACUUCUUACAAUUAAAAAAUAUAUGAUCCAAGUCCGCCGUUUCAUUGCAAAUAUCACAGAGAUUGUUAUUAGUUAUUUUUAUUUUGUAUAAAUGUGGCGGAUAGCAACCAUGUCCAAAUUUCAUCCCAGAUAUGGUUGUUAUGGAACUUCUCGGAUAAUCGUAAUUUUUAAACCAGUAAUUUUUUCGAAUAUCGGGUUCUAGCAAUGUAUAUCUUGUGGCUUUUGUCAAAAUAAAAUGUUUAUAUUGUUUA